GAAAAUCCCUCAGGCUCGAAGGAGACGGCUUUGAGGUCCUUUCCAUCUCUCAUUUGAUAAUGAUCUUGCCCUUUGCUGGUCAAGACACUCCAGUAAACACACACUUAAGAGUCUCCCCACCCCUUCCCCCUGGCACCGAAAAUGGGAAAUGUUCUGGUCUGGUUUACUCUCAAAUAUUUUCUCAGUUUUCCAACACUUUUCAAGGAGUUAGUGAGGCCGUGUGAAUUACAACUUGGAAAUACAUCCCAAUAAAUACAGAAGCUAUUCUUACAACAGCCUCACAGUCAAAGGUCACAGCCAGGCAUGGGAAAGAUCCUGCCUCCUCCUGCUAGCUGCAGCUCUCACUUAGCAGGUCGGUUGCACUCACUCACGUUCACUCUUGCUCACUGGCUCUCACUCUCUCUGUCUCUGCAUCUGUCUCUCUCUCUCUCAGUACCCAGUUUCAUACCGGUUACUGUUUGGUAGAGCCUGGAUCAUUUGUCACCCUAAACACAAAUCAGAUUGAACUCACACAAGCACAGCGGAGAGAGCUGGGCUGCAGAGAGGACUGGACAUCUGUGGUCCUUGACAUUCAAGUCCUUGGCGAGAUGUCAACAUUUCAUAGAGCACUUUAAAUGUUUUGUUUGAGAGCUAAUACGGCAUUCCCCACUGGUCAACAGGAGUCCAGGCGGAAAGCAAAGCAGAUUUUCCUCAACAUCAGAUGUUACACCCAGUGGCUGACCAGUCUUGCCUUCAGAAACCACAAGAGACGGAUAAACUGGAUCACUGGUGAAGAAACAUCAUGGCCACUUCAAGAUGACAAGCGCUCACUGGGCUAAAUUACUUCAUUGAAAGGAAACCUCAUAUUGGUCCAAAUUUUUAAAAAGCAAAUGACUCAGAGGUCGUGACUGCCCUUUGAGUGACUCUUUCACAUCACCUUGCAGGCCACACCUUAGGAAGUUACCAGACCAUGAAUGCCACCACCGCCCCACCUGCAGAGGGGUCCUGCCCCUCGAACACCCUCAUCACCAAGCAGAUCAUCCCCAUGCUGUACUUCGUGGUCUUUGUGGCCGGCAUCCUGCUCAACGGCAUGUCAGGGUGGGUGUUCUUCUACGUGCCUAGCUCCAAGAGUUUCAUCGUCUAUCUCAAGAACAUUGUCAUUGCCGACUUCCUGAUGAGCCUGACUUUUCCUUUCAAGAUCCUGGGGGACUUGGGCCUGGGCCUCUGGCAGGUAAAAGUCUUUGUGUGCAGGGUCUCGGCCGUGCUCUUCUACAUCAACAUGUACGUCAGCAUCGUGUUCUUCGGGCUCAUUGGCUUUGACAGAUAUUAUAAAAUCGUGAAGCCUCUCUUGACUUCUUUCAUCCAGUCCAUAAGCUACAGCAAACUCCUGUCAGUGCUGGUGUGGAGCUUCACACUGCUCAUCGCCCUUCCCAAUAUGAUCCUGACCAACCGGAGUGUCACAGAGGCCACACGCAUGAAAUGUAUGGACCUUAAGAGUGACCUGGGCCUCAAGUGGCACAAAGCCUCCAGCUACAUCUUUGUGGGCAUCUUCUGGAUUGUGUUUCUUUCCUUAAUCAUCUUCUACACUGCUAUCACAAAGAAGAUCUUUAAGUCCCACCUCAAGUCCAGAAAGAAUUCCAUAUCAGUCAAGAAGAAAUCUAGCCGUAAUAUAUUCAGCAUUAUGUUCGUGUUUUUUAUCUGCUUUGUACCUUACCACAUUGCCAGAAUCCCCUAUACACAGAGCCAAACAGAAGCUCAUUACAGCUGCCAGUCAAAACAAAUCCUGUUCUAUGUGAAAGAAUUCUCUCUGCUACUGUCAGCUGCAAACGUAUGCCUGGACCCCAUUAUUUAUUUCUUUCUAUGCCAGCCAUUUAGAGAGGUCUUGUGUAAGAAAUUGCAUAUCCCAUUAAAAACUCAGCAUGACUCAGAAACUUCCAAAACCAAAAGGGAAAAUAUAAUACAAGAAAGCACAGAUACUUUGUGAAUUCCCACCUCCUUUCAAAUAAAGUUCAUGCAUGCAUACUGUAAUCUUCAAUUCUAUAACAAGACAAAAUGAAUACACAUGUCCACAAUAGUAUCAUCUCUAGGCAUUACUGUUCAAUUUAGUGGAAUAAUAAAGUUAACAGGUAAGUUUCCAUGCAUCUUUUGUAACAUCAAAGAAAAAAUAAUAUAUUAGUUAAUCUUAUCCGAUCAAAAUAGAAGGUUUAAAAGUAUAAUCAGUAGUCUGGUCAGUUCAUACAGAACUUUAAACAGCAAAUACAUAGGAAGCAAUACAGACAAUUCACAGGUGUGUCUUCUAAAAACAAGGAUCAAGUUAUACAAUUUCUUUCAACAAGGUCAUUAAAGAUCAACGUAAAAGCAGGCAGAGUUGAUAUGGACUUAGAAGCCAGUUUGUUGUGAAAAAGUCAAGUUUUCUCUGAUUUGAAGAACCUGGGUAAGCAGACGCUGAGAAAAUUACUUAAGAAAUCCCCAACUGAUUUAUUUCAUCACAUUUCAAAGGAAAGCAGAUAUAAAUUCUGUAUACCGCAGCAAAAAGUGUAAUUUUUCUCUGAUAGCAUUUUGAGGACAAGGUAACUUUUAAAUUCUUUAUAUGAAGAUUAGCUAAGCCACUUAAUGAGACUGGGGUUCUGGUCUUAGAAUAUGUUUAAGUGAACUCUACAGAGAGAAUCUAGGUAGUGGCAUGGGUUGCGAGCAACUUCCUGUGCUCAAUGGUAUGGAAAGAAAUAUAUACAGGCUGACUGGGGAAAAGGCAUAUGUACACAAACACCUCCCAGGCUGGCAACAUACACUAUUCUCUAGGAGCAGAAAGAAACAGUUUUCGUAGAAAGCAACUGGACUUCAUAAAAAAGAAAAUCUAAAAUUUAUGAGUCAUAAAUUACACACAAAAUGAAAAUUUACAUAUCACAUUUUAUGAAAAACAAAUUUCGUAUGUGCAGACAUAGGAUAUGGCUGCUGGCUUUGUGAGUUAUCAAAGCUAAAUUCUUUGCUAUUAACUUGCCUGAAGAUAUUUAGCCCAACUUUCAAAUGUUCUUCUCAAACACUUUUGUAUCAUAUAUGCACUAAUAAAAAAUAUUUUUCAUAGUGUCAAUUUUUCCCUUAAUAGUCAAGAUAUUAAAAAACAGUACCAGAUUUCCUUA